UUAGUUUUUCCUUGAUUUUUGGUAAUAUAGCAGUUCUAUCACAGCAAAGGAAGAAGAAAUUAAGUUCAACGAAAAUGAUUGUUUUCGAGGCAAUCGCCAUUGGAUUAAUGCUUUUAGCAUCACAAACCUGUGCAGAUAUUUGCAACGGACGAAAGAAUGGCGAACAUCUUCCAAAUCUCGAUGAUUGUAGUUCAUUUUUUGUGUGUAAUUUCGGCGAAACGAAAUUUUUUGAAUGUCCUGGAGGCCUGUUAUACGAUCACUCGAAACGGGCAUGUAAUUGGGAAGAUCGGGUGAAUUGUGAUCGGAAUGCGUUACCUGAAAGAGACAUACCGACCACGCUUUCCCAUCAAACAGAAAAAGCAACCACCCAGGCUCCAGAACCAGAAAAGCCGACCACCAACUCUCCACAAACAGAAGCACCAACCACCGAUAAUCCGCAAACAGAAGCACCAACCACCCUUUCUCCUCAAACAGAAGUACCAACCACAAUUUUGACUCAAUCUCCAUCACAAAACACAGAUGUUCCGUUUCGACCUACCAUCAAUCCCGAAUAUACAAGCAGUAAACCUGUAGUAGUAACUCCGUCACAUCCGGUGUACAACGAAACAGAUGUGGUCUACCCAGGACUGGUGGAAAUAAGUCCAAACAUUUUCCAUUGUAUGGAUCCGGAAUUCUAUUUCGCCCCGCAUCCACGUAACUGCGAAAUGUACUUUAUCUGUGAAAAUUAUCGUAUCCAUCCACACGAAUGCGGUGAGGGCGUUUACUGGGACUACCUUCACAAUCGAUGCAAUUUCCCUCUAGCUGCAAUAUGUUAUUCGGAUAAUCCGACGAAUAAUUUCGGUAAAAUGGUUUGCUCAUCUCGUGGACAGACUGUGGAAUACGUACAGGACGAAUGCAAAUAUGUUGCUGCCGAUGCUUCGUCGCCAGCACCGUCAGUGGUACCAGGAAAUGAUAUCACCUGUCCUGACACACAAGCUUUCAUUGCACACGAAAGCGAUUGCCGGAAAUAUUACAUAUGCAUUGAGCGCAUGCCGAUCGCAACAUCUUGUCCCGAGAAUACCGCAUGGGACAAGGACCAUUUGCAAUGUAAUGAGGAGUCGUGGAGGCAAUGCAUGGGUUAAUGAUGAUAAUGCCGGACGAGAUGUACACUAAAUACUAAUCAUUUUUUUAACAUUAUUAUUGCCAGGAUAUGAAUUUUGAGCUGUCUCCCCAUCACGGAGAUCCAUUUUCGAGACUUUUAUUUAUCGAAAAGAAAAAACCCAAAUCUUUGUUAUCGAUAAAUGCAAAUCUGGAAUUUGUUAAUUAUAUCAAGAGAAAAA